UUGGUCCUUGUUGCCAAGUCUUGCCUUUGCCUUUGCCUGGGCCUUGUUGAUACUUUGCCGUGUUGUUGUUGUCUCCUCGUCGUAUGUGACCUCUUUUUUUAUUUCGUAUCUGACCUGUUUUCGAUUCCCCUUUCGGCGGCUUGCGCGUCUUGGCCCUUAGCAUACUACAACUGUCUGUGUUCUUGCGUAUUGUCAUCAGAUUUGGCAUUUGUGUCUCGGUAUACUUUCUUUUCUCUGUCCAUCUUUGCACCUUUUUGCUUGAUGGGUGUGGAACAGCCUCCAGUUUAGGCGGAGUUUUCUUCCCUCUUCUGGAGCAGGACUGUCUUUUGUGUGCUUGCUCUUCGCCACAUUUAUUUUUGUGCCCCGAGGGGUUAGCCCCAUCGGGUUUCAGAUUGUUUUAGUAUCAUGACGCGUGCGUAUAAUAGUUUUGUUUAUUUUCUUUGCGGUUGCGACUGUAUCCAAGUGUGACAACAGGCUCCGUGGAGUUUCCUUUGCCUUUUGCGUUGCCUUGUUGGGACCUUGCGUUUGCCGUAUUGUUGUUGUCUCCUCGUAAUCGUAUCUCGAUAUGUUUUUUUUUUCUUUCGUGUCUAGCCUGUUUUCGCUUCCCUCGUCCGCGGCUUGCGCGUCUUCGCCCUUCGCAUGCAACUGUCGGCGUGUCUUGCGCAUUGGCAUAGGUGUCUCGAUGGAUUUAUUUUUCUCGAUCCAUCCUUGCACCUUCUUUCAACUAACCCUAUUUUUUAUUCUGACGGGUGCGGGAAGCCUCUAGGCCAUAAUGUAUGUAGCCGGAGUUUCCUUCGCUCUGCUGGCGGAGGACUGUUUUAUAUUGCUUGUUUUUCGCAGCAUUAUUUUUGUGUCCCGAUUAGACUCAGCACGGUUCGGUUUGUGUUAGCAUCGCAUGACGCGUGCGCACAAUAAUUUUGUUUAUUUUUUUUGCGGGGUCGAGUGUACCCACAUGUGUGGCCACAGACUCCAACGGAUGUUUUGGAAAAGAGAGCUACAGCAGUACAUGCCACGACACCGAAAAACGAAACGUGCACCUGCACAAUUUGUGGUUUAGUGGUCCGGCAGGUAAAAACUUGUCAUGCACGUCAUGUUGUGUGCAGGGUGGCGAAACACCGGUACUGCUGUGUUGGCCCGUA